UGCACGUCUUUGUCACAAUGCUCCACAACCUCCAUCAUCAUGACCACAUCACAUCAUCCCCACCAAGCAGAAGCUCUCACAUCCAUCCCUUGUCUCACCAGUGAAAGGUUUUCUGUGGAUGCUAGGACGAAUACCGACAUGAAGGGAUUCUGCGGUAGGCUCCUCACCUGCUCUCAUCAAGAGGAGGAUGGCGACGACAAUGACGCGGCUCCUCCGCCACGCAGCCUGGCAUCGGUGGAUAAAGAAGGCAAACAGGAGAACUCCAUCCAGAGUUUUACAGAGGAUGGACAGCUCAUCCCACAGUGUCGGAUCUGCUUCCAGGGAUCAGAGAAGGGAGAGCUGGUGAGCCCCUGCCGCUGUGAUGGCACCGUACGCUAUACUCAUGAGACUUGCCUUAUCCGCUGGAUCAGUGAAAAAGGUUCCUGGACCUGUGAGCUCUGCAACUUUGAGUACAGGGCCUAUUCGCUUUGCACCAAGAACCCCCUGCAGUGGCAAGCGGUCUCACUGUCCAUAGUUGAAAGGGUACAGAUUUCAGCCACCAUCCUGUGCGUCGUGUUCCUGCUGACAAGUGUGGCUUGGCUCCUGUGGUCCCUCCUGAGCUCCUCUGCAAAAUGGCAGCGACAGGACUUUAUAUUUCAGAUAUGCUAUGGCAUGUAUGGCUUCAUGGACCUGGUUUGUGUAGGACUUCUAAUCCACGAGGGACCUGCUGUCAUCCAGAUCUUGAAGCGCUGGCUUACGCUUAACCAUCAUUGGAAGGUGCUUGAUUAUGAGAAAGAGAAAGACUUGGGCUUGGCACCAAGCGGUGAUGCGGCAGGCAACGAGGAAACGGCAGACAGCCAGGAGGAGACUCACUGCGUCAAGACCUCCCUAGCGCAGCGCUUUGGCAACAAAGUUUCCUUCGUUUUCCACCAGCUACGGCCCAACAACCGUACCAAUGCGGACACUGACGCGGACACUGAUGCCGUCGACAACGAGGACGUGGUCGUGACGGUGACCACCAUAUGAAUGCCUCGCAUGUGGCAAAAACUUGCAGCAUCUGCAUACACAAGCAUAUCUUUUGUAUGGCAACUGCUAAUGAAUAUAUGUCAAUUAUUUUUCACUGUUAAGACCAAAUAUUGAACAAGAAGAAAAUAAUGCUGAUUUCUGUAUUGACUAUCAGCUUUGCUUAUGGAUCAGCCAUUAAAAAUCCAAAUAAAAUCUUAGAUAAAGUGGUCUUAUCAGUAUAUGGAAUGUACACAGCAAAUUUGUGGAGCGAACAUUCUGGUAAAAAGGGAAGCUUUUUCCACUUUUCUGACUUAUGUAGUUAGAAUGUUGUAUUCUCGUGUUAAACGAUGCCUCAGAUAAUGUAGCUUGCACAUUUGGAAUGAGCCCUAAAAAGUUUGGGGUGGCUGAAAACGCUCUGAGCGGGCAAUGCAAAACUGUUGCUUUGGGAUGUCGAAGUGGGCAUCCUUAUGGGCUUUCAAUUAGCCCAUCCGGGCCUUGUUGAGGCUGACAGCAAUGGGAAGAAACUGUCCUUGUGGCGUGAGGUUUUGGUCCUGAUGGACCGCAGCCUCCUGCCCUGAGGGGGACGCUGGAAUAGGUCUAGAUCAGGGGUGCUCACACUUUUUCAGCAUGUGAGCUACUUUUAAAAUGACCGAGUCAAAAUGAUCUACCCACUACAAAAAUGCAAAACAUCUAUUUUCAAAUGUAUUUAGGAUUAUUUGUACGUACAAUGUAUGUUGAUGUACCUUACAUAACCAAAUGAGCCAAUAUUGCAAAACACACAUAAUUAACUAUUAACAUUUUUUGUAAUUACCUCCACAUUACUCCCCAUUUCCCUUCUUUGGUACUGCGAUGGUAGAAUGGCAUAUGAGGCAAACGCACUUCGAAAAAGACAUUGUGAAAAAAAAAGUCCACCUCCCAUUCCGUAUGGAAGUGAUAUGUUUUUGCCUUUUUACUUGGUCCAGCUCCUUCACUCAUUUUAGUGACCAUAAACUUUAGCGAGGGCUUAAAAUCUAACGCAAUUCGCCGACUAGCUUAGCACUUUGCAUCGUUGUUUACGCAUGAGUGGUGACCUAAAGGUCAAAAUUCAGUUGUCAUCUGACUGGUUGUCCUGUAUGUCAAUCAAGUAACGGGGAUGGAUGAUAGGCUGACAUCGUAAGUUCUGCUGCACUUAGAGACGUCGUUUGAUUUGAUUGGUCGCCCGAAGGGCAACAUUCAGUUGUCAUCUGAAUGGCUGCCCUGUAUAUCAAUCAAGUGACGGCAUUGAUGCGAGGAUGAUAUUUUUUUAAUGUCACGCCGCGAUCGACCAGCGAUCGACCAGUACCACCUCCGCGAUCGUCCGGUAGAUCGCGAUCGACUUAAUGAGCACCCCUGAUCUAGAAAGUCUUCUGUGUGGGUUAUUGUGUAUAGCUGCUCUAUACAAAGGGUUGAAAGAUGAGCAUAAUCGGUCCUUUUUAAGCAGAGUUAAAUUUGGAGAAUUUAGAGGGUCUUUACCAAUAAAUCUGGUUUGUUGAGCGAUA